AUGGUCAAAUCAUAUCUCAAAUAUGAGCAUUCGAAGUCCUUCGGCCUCGUAGCGUCCGGCACAUCCAAUCUACUAUGGACACCCAAUGAUCGAUCGAGCACCAGCGCUGGCCAGGCCGUGGUCGCUGCCAACGAGGAAGUUUUGACUUGGGAUAUCAAAAAGGGCGAGCUCCUAAACCGAUGGAAGGAUGAAAACUGCUCGGCGCAAGUGACCGCUAUUGCGCAGAGCAAGACCGAUAAAGACGUCUUUGCUGUCGGAUACGAAGACGGAAGUGUGCGUCUCUGGGAUAGCAAGAUUGCUACCAGCAUUGUGAGCUUCAACGGCCACAAGUCGGCAAUCACCAUUCUUGCAUUCGACGGAUCUGGCGUGCGGCUUGCUAGUGGUUCUAAGGAUACAGAUGUCAUUGUUUGGGAUCUGGUUGCCGAGGUCGGUCAAUUCAAGCUACGCGGCCACAAGGAUCAAAUCACAGGUCUUCGAUUCGUGGAGCCACAGCCAGAAGUUGCCGAGGAAGAUGGCGAUCAAGCCAUGAUUGUCGAUGGGUCGGCGGCCAUUUCCGAGGGUUUCCUGCUCUCGACUGGCAAGGAUGCUUUGAUCAAACUCUGGGAUCUCUCGUCGCGACACUGCAUCGAGACGCAUAUUGCACAGACUAAUGGUGAAUGCUGGGCCUUGGGCGUCUCGCCAGACCUCAGUGGCUGCAUCACUGGCGGCAACUCUGGAGAACUGAAAGUGUGGUCUCUCGAUACCGCCGGACUGGCCGCAUCGAGACAACAAGUCGAUGUCCCUCAUAAUACACAAUUCCUCCACGACAGGGGUACUCUUUUCCGUGACGGCAAGGACAAAGCGACCGAGAUCAUUUUCCACCCACGCAGAGAUUACUUCACAGUGCACGGUGCAGAGAAGGCCGUGGAGAUUUGGCGGAUACGCUCCGAAGCCGAGAUCAAGAAGAGUUUGGCACGUAAGAAGAAGAGAAGAAAGGAGAAGCUCGCCAAGAAGGGCACAGCGGAAGCCGGAGAUGCCGAGGUCGACGCCGAAGAUGAGGAUAUCAGCACUGCACCCAUUACAGAAGCAUUUGCACAACACCUAAUUGUUCGAACUGGCGGCAAAGUAAGAAGUGUUGACUGGGCAAAUAACCACGGUCACAAGGAACUUCAACUACUCGUGGGAACGACAAAUAACCAGCUUGAACUGUACAACAUACAAACAAAAGACAAGAGCACAAAGUCUAAACAAGAGGAUAUUCCUGACUAUACCAGAUCUCUUGGAGUCGAUAUCCCCGGUCACCGGGCGGACAUCCGCUCCCUGGCAUUGAGUUCCGAUGACAGAAUGCUUGCCUCCGCAUCUAACGGUUCUCUCAAGAUCUGGAAUGUGAAGACUAGGUCCUGUAUUAGAACCUUUGAGUGUGGAUAUGCACUUUGCUGCGCGUUCCUCCCGGGAGACAAAGUUGUUGUCGUCGGCACAAAGGCUGGUGAGCUCGAGGUAUUUGACGUGGCUUCGGCGCAACUCCUUGAUAGUGUUUCGGCGCACGAGGGUGCAAUUUGGUCGCUACAAGUGCAUCCGGAUGGUCGCUCAAUGGUGUCCGGCAGUGCUGAUAAGUCGGCUAAAUUCUGGGACUUUAAAAUUGUCCAGGAAGAAGUCCUUGGAACGACACGGACAACACCAAAACUGAAACUGGUACAAUCGAGACAACUCAAAGUCUCCGACGAUAUACUCAGUCUCAGGUACUCGCCAGAUGCCAAGUAUCUUGCAGUCUCGCUGUUGGACAGCACGGUGAAGGUGUUUUUCACAGACUCGCUCAAGCUCUACUUGAAUCUCUAUGGCCAUAAGCUGCCUGUGCUGAACAUGGACAUCUCCUACGAUAGCAAACUCAUUGUGACCUGUUCUGCCGACAAGAACAUUCGCAUUUGGGGUCUCGACUUUGGUGAUUGCCACAAGGCACUUUUUGCGCAUCAGGACAGUAUUCUACAGGUCGCUUUCGUGCCCCACAACAACGAUGGUAAUGGUCAUCACUUUUUCAGUGCAAGCAAAGACCGAACUAUCAAGUACUGGGAUGGAGACAAAUUUGAACAGAUCCAACGAUUGGAUGGCCACCAUGGUGAGAUCUGGGCCCUGGCAAUGAGCCGGAGCGGCAACUUCAUCAUCAGUGCUAGUCAUGAUAAGAGCAUUCGUGUAUGGGACGAAACCGACGAGCAAAUCUUCCUCGAGGAAGAGCGCGAGAAGGAGAUCGAAGAGCUGUACGAGAGUACACUCACCAACUCACUCGAGAGAGAUCCAGACGACGAAGAGCAGAAUGCCGAGGUUGCGGCUGCCAGCAAGCAGACAGUGGAGACAUUGAUGGCUGGCGAACGCAUUCAAGAAGCAUUGGAGCUGGGUAUGGCUGAUCUGCACGUGGUCAGAGAAUGGGAAGAGGCCAAGGCGGCAAACCCAAACAUCGCACCACCACAGCGAAAUCCCAUAUUCAUGGCCUUUGGUGGCAUCAGUGCUGAGGAGUAUGUCCUUUCUGUACUGCAAAAGAUCAAGGCAUCAGCACUACACGAUGCGCUGCUUGUCCUCCCUUUUGCAACAGUACCGAUGCUUUUCACCUUUCUAAACUUGUUUGCUGUGAGAUCGAUGAACAUUCCUUUGACCUGUCGGAUAUUGUUCUUCAUGCUCAAGACACAUCACAACCAGAUUGUUGCCAGCAAGACGAUGAAAGCCAUGCUUGAUGGUAUUAGAACCAACCUCCGGAAGGCACUGAGGCGGCAAAAGGAUGAGAUGGGUUUCAACAUUGCAGCCCUCAAGAUUGUGAGCAUGCAGAUACAAGACAAGAGUGUUAAGGAGUAUGUUGAUGAGAAUUGGGAGGAUGACGACGGACAAAACGUCAGGAAGCGCGCGUUCGUUCACGUCUCAUAG